AGAGACCUCAUCAUGCGCGAAACAGGCGAUUGGCUGAUGGGGUUCGACGAGGCGGCGAGGUUCAAGGAGCAGUCGGCUGUCGAGCGUGAGGGUGCCAUCUGCGCGCAGCUCCAAGGGGUGCGUCCCCAUGACUUCUGGCUCCCUAUCCAGCUCGGGGAUCAGAGUUGAUUCGAUCUUCACAACGUCUCUACCAUCCGUUGUCUUCGAAACAUCUCCGUCGCCUGGCCCAGGGGCACAACCACCUCUGCCCAGUACUGGUCCCUCGCUCUCAAAAAGUCCGGCCGUCGAAACUGCUCCUGUGAUAAAGGCAUCCCUGAAGUGACUUCCCAGCCAUGCUGCAGAUAGAGUUGCAGGAUAUAU